AUGAGCUUUGCGUACGGCAUCGAUCACCUGGAACCAGCCUUCUCCGACCGGGAUAUACCGUUUAUAAGCUAUGGGCUCCGCUUCGACGAAGCAUGCGGCUAUCACGUCGAGAACACGCUCCAAGCAAGCCGCGUGUACAUUAUAGCAUCGAAAUCACUGUCCACCAACACCCCCGCCCUGAAACGUCUACAACAUGCCCUGGGAGACAAAGUCGUGGGUGUCCGAAUCGGAAUGGCCCCGCACACCCACUGGAACGAGGUUCUUGAGGUGGCGCAGGACGCGGCGCCCAAGAAUCCCGACUGUAUCGUGACUCUCGGGGCCGGGUCGCUCACGGACGCAGCCAAGGUGGUGGCAUGGAUGCUGGCCAACGACAUCACCACGUCUGAAGGGAUGGAGACGCUCGCGACAUCAGGCAAGGACUUCAAGCCGCCUGUGAUCAGACACGUCGCGAUCCCCACCAGUCUGUCGGGUGGCGAGUAUCAGGCAAUGGCGGGCGUGACGCGAGAUGACGGGAGUCAAUUAAAGCAACCGUUUUUUGCGCCUCCACGCAACCCCAGCCUGGUGGUACUGGAUCCCGAAUUGAGCACGACGACUCCCGAACGGAUCUGGCUCAGCACGGGUGUCCGGGCCGUUGACCACUGUGUCGAGACGCUGUGCAGUCUGCUUUCCAACGAGAGAGGCGACGCCGAGGCCGAAAAGGGUCUGUUGAAGUUGGUUCCGUCGCUGAUUCGCACCCAUCGCGACCCGCGUGAUUUGACUGCCCGCUUCGAGUCCAUGAGGCGCGUUAUCGAGGCCAUGAGCGCCGUGAGCAGUGGCGUGCCCUUGGGUGCGAGCCACGGUAUUGGACACCAAUUGGGUCCUUUGGGCGUGGGCCACGGCGAGACGAGCUGUAUCUUACUGCCCGCGGUGUGUAAGUGGAAUGCAAAGGCCGGGGCCAACAUUGACCGGCAAAAGUACUGCAAGCAAGUGCUCCUUCGGUCGCCGGUGGUCCAAGAAUUAUUGAGGGCAAAAUACGGCGCUGAUCAGGACAAGAUUGACCGUCUCGAUUUGGGAGAUGUUCUCGACGCCAUCUUUAAAGAUCUCGGCAUGCCUCGUUCCCUCAAGGAUGUCGGUGUCGGGAGAGAUAAGUUGGAUGGAUUAGCCGAGAAUAGUUUGAGAGAUCAUUGGUGCCAGACGAAUGCGAAGCCUCUGGUCGAGAAGUCGCAAGUCAUGGAGAUCCUGGAAAUGGUGGUGGAGUAA